AUGCCUGGCGAAGCCUCGGCGACUCGCGGCGAACACGCCGAUGGACAGAUCGACUUGGCAGAGGUACAGCUAGAAUGGCACGAGCUUUUUCGCGCCGUCCUCGAUGCUGACGAAGAAAGAGAACAUUCCACGAGGAACCUGGGUGGCGCAAUUUCACAGCACGAUACAGAGGUCACCUUUGGAUGCGAUGCUGCCGUCGUCAGUCCGGUUUUCUUCGGGUAUAUGUCCACAACAGAAGCAGAUGUGGAUGCAGAAAACGCAAAGGUGGUGACUAUGGAGGCUGAGUUCGAACGAGGGCGACAGAAGCGGAUCACGGAGCUACAGACGGCGAAAAAGGUGAUGGCAGCCGACGAAUACGGCCCUGUGUUGAAGCAGUGGAACAUCGAUGAGGCAUCAAUAACGAAGGCGCAUGAGUCGGAGCUCGCUGAACGGAAGUACAAAUUUGCAUUCCUGAAUAGGGAAGACUCCAAGAACAUCCAGCAUGCAGCGAACGCCGCCAAAUACGCCGAAAAGACAGAGACGUCAAAGAUCCCGAAGGGAGCACAGCUCGAGGCUCUGGCUCGAGGAGAAGUCGAGCGUUUGGUUGGAGAGAUUGACGCGGCGAAUGAGGCCGUGAAACUGGCCCAAGAUGAGUUGCUUGCGGCACAGAAUCUUCGUGGGAAAAAACAUGAAGCCAGAGCACGGCAAGUCGUGGAGACUAGCCUCAUACUGCUGGAGGGUAGAGCGACUGCCAGCGAAAAAGAUUUGGACUCACUUCUGGAACAACUGCAAGAGGCCGAGUUCAUGCUCAACCGAGCGGAGCGAAUACGCUCUCAGGAGGAUCUAGUGCUGCCGCUGUACGAGCCUCUUGCGCAACGGGCGGCAGAAGGCGAUUUCCGUGCUCCAUUCUUGAGUGUUUUCUGCGGUCUUACGGUGGCCUCAAACGACAACAUGUGGGAAAAGCUGACGUUCAUCACCCACCUCUUCGAUAUCAAUGAUAGCAAGUUCAUGGACUACGAAGAGAUCUGUGUAAUGCUAGCUACACUAGCCAGUGUUUUGAACAGCCUCAAGCUGCUGAGGGAAACAACAUCCCGGGAAGAGCUGGAAUCAAUCGUGACAAGAGCUUUUCUGGAGGGAAACCUGGACCAUCGGAAGGGCAUGACCAACUACGAGGUGCAUGACCAGACUUGGACGUGUACACUCGCCCUACAGGUGAAAACCUGGAUGGCAGGGAUAAUCGCACGUUCACCCAAACUGUCCGACAUUUUCGGGUCGAGUUGGAGUUUCGGGCAAAUGAGCACCGUAAUGCGAUGCAAGAUGAGCAUGGUGCACGAGUUCGAGCUCAGCAUGAUAAGCAUGGUAGACCUAAAGCACAAGGUGGCACGCAAGCUGAUAAAGCAUCGACCGUGCCUGCAAAAGGAAAACGUUCAAGUUAUGCACGAUCGUGCAUUGGCCAUGGGCGACGACGAUCCCCUGAAACCAGACUACUCGCGCUUUUUGCAUUCAGAUAAGAAGAAGUCAUUCUCGAAUGCCGUUUCCCUUUCCCACGGACACCUUGAGAACCUCUCCCAUUGGCGAGACACCGUUCGAAUCAAAGCGGUCACCAAGAUACAGAACUUGUUCCGUGGGAAGCAAGCGCGGCAAGCAGCAGAGAGGAUGGCCAAGAAGCAAGCCUUUCUUUGCGCCCGAGCGAUGGCGGUAGAGGAUACUCGCCAACGCAUCGCGGCCGAAAUUUGGAAGCGAGAAGCGGCAUCGGGUGUCGGGCGACUUAAAUGGGAUGCCAAGGUACGCAUGAAACAAGCCAAGCUUCGAGCGGCAGGGGAGAACGUGGACCGCCAACAAGUUGUCGAAGCAAUAAUCGAGGAAAGCGUCCAAGCAGCGCAAGACGGAGUUAUGGAACGUUUCGACGAGAUCGCACGGGAUCGUGGAUUUGAUGAGGACGUUGUCGAACACACCGCAGAGCAAACAUCAGAAACUGAUGGCGAAGAAGACUUUUUUUCGUUGGCGACUGCUUCACGGCAAGUGUCGGUACGCACCAAGGCUGCCUGCAAGGAGCUGGCCACUCACCUGCUCAUGGCAGAUAUGCGCGGCAUGGCAGGGCAACUUUGGGGGAACGGGGCCAAUUCCGUCCCAGAUCUCGGCCGGCCCCAAACUCCACGAAAGGAAGGAAAGGAAGGAAGCGGUGCGGUUGACGUCGAGUCAGCCGCGAAAAUGUCAAUCCUGGGGAAUGGGUCAGUUAACGAUCCUUUCGUUUUCAGUGGAGGUGGUCAACUCCCACAGAAAACCAAUGCCCCAUUGGCCGACAGUGCGCUAUCAUCCGUCGGCGGCUCCCCUUCUGUCAGACAAGGGUUCGAGCUGGACUCGGUCAUUGUUAGGGUGGACGGACAGAUGGCAAAGAUAAAGCUGACGGACGUCCGCAAGCAGCUGAUGACCGUGGGGCUAUUUCCUCCAGAAUUAUAUGGAGUAGGCGAGACCUUCGAGGAGAUGCGCCUGAGGGAAAAGCUGGCGGAUGCUGAUCCCGCCGUCGAGGACCUAGCACGGCGUCUCAGGAGCUGGGAUGCCGCGAUGACUGAAGUCAAAGUAGAUGGCCUCCUCGCUGAGUUGCCUGCGAAGCGUUUGCUCAUGCAGUAUGCUCAAGGAUUCGUCGACCGCGCAGAUCCUCCGGGCAACUUCCAGCCACUUUUUGACGACCUCGCCAGGCACUUCCAGAUAUCCCGGAACGCCAAACAAAUAGGGACGAUCCUGGUGAACCUGAUACGCACCGAUUUUUCUUUCGGGUUAGCGGCGGACAGCCUAGAUGUUUUGCGAGGCAAUCAAGAUGCGUUACUCGCAAAGAUGGCGCAAAUCGAGGUUGCCGAUGGAAUGUCUGAAGCAGAAGCAGGCUACGAGCGGCGUCUCACCGCAGCAAAAUUGCAGGGCAGGUCCAUUGAGGAGGUGGAGCAAACCCACAACCGCAACAUGCUCAAAGAAGUCAAGAGAAGAAUGCAGAUCAAGUACCUGGAAGUUGCCAAUGUUUGCAGCGACUUCUUGGAGAUGGCAAAGCACCUUGCGACAACGAUAAUCGACGAGCGCAACUUUGAACUGGUCGACAAAACGAUUCGCCCCGUGAUCGAAAGUGCUUGCAACGGGCGGGGUGUGGAAGGUAACAGAGGUCACGGUGGAAAGCGGUAUAAGUAUGAAGCGUUCAACAUUCGACUCAAGGUUUGCUGCGACGACCACGGUUUGUUCAACGGAGACGACGAGUGUGCAGCCAAAGGAUACGGAGGAAGGGGACUAUUGGGCGCUCUGGAAUAUAUGAAACAGCAUGAACCAGGCUUGAAUAUUCCUCUGACGUGCACAGUGGACUACCAUGGCUUUCGGGUGCUGGCCGUUGCCAAGGUUCCGAUCAAUUUACCGAUAUUCACUAACUCCGGGAAGCUUCGGCGGGCGCAUGAAGACAUGGUCCAUGGCACUGCUGAUGCAGGAGAUACAAUUCGCAAUGAAAAUCGAGUGUUGAAUUCGAAGCUUCAAGCAGUGGCAGAGAAACUUAACCUGAGCUUCCAUCUGGUGAAGGGCGUGCGAGAGCUGAACAGCACAGCACUGUGGGCGACAGCGAACCUCAGGGGAUACCGGAAAGACAAGAGUACAUUUUACCUGCUCAACUUUUGGCGAGCUUUCCCAGCGGAAGACCCUACAGGCACACCUCAUCUGAAACCAUCCGCGCGUGGGCAAAGUAUAAUGUGGAGAGGGCUUCGGCCUGAACUAGUACGGUCAAAUCCGGUCCCACUCAGUCCAGAUGCGAACCUAUUGGUGACGCGUGACGCGCCCGACUGGCGUCAGCAAAGGGACGAUGUACUCGAGGCGACAAGGCGACUUGUGAACGAGGUUCUGCCCAACUUUGCCGAGGAGUUGAGUCGGAAAGACAUUGGGAGUGCUGACGGAGCUUUUGGCUAUGGCUUCAACAUCACCGCCGAUAUGCACCGCAGGGGCAUCGGGGUUCGCCAUAUGGGCCUUCUUCGCGAUAUGUUAUGGAGGCCUUUACAUGGAAGCGUUGACCUGUCGUUUAACUCAAACCGCAUCCGUACCAAAACAGACAUGAGGUUGCAACUGCGGAGAGGGGACCAGGUUCGCAUCGAUGGUAGCGUUUUCACCGUCAGCGUCAAGCCUAGACACGAGUACUCGGCAUCGUGCAUCACCCUUGACCGGAAGGUGUUGCUCACGGUCGAGUCCAUGAACAUCGUCUCUGGCAGUCAUCACCGAUCACAUAAUUUCUGGAGCGAGCGACUCCUGCCAAGCAUUCGAAGUAGAUUUGGCGAAUUGGCGGUUGACCACGCUGAAGAGGGUAAUAUUCGGCUCCUUCUCCAGCCAUGUAUUGUCUACAUCAUCCAACGCCUUCAGGAAAUGCUGGGGUUCGCCUUGUCGACUGCCUGUUCGAAUCAUUUCUACAGUCGUCCAUGCGGGUUCAAGUUCACCACCCUUGACAUAACUAACGCGCCCAUGAGAAUCAAGCACAACGCGCCGAUGAAAGAGGUAGCGGAAGCUUCCAUGCUCGUGCUACGGGCAAACAAGGCUCGGGCUACCGACUAUGUGCAGCUGGUGCAAAUGGCACAACCGGAGCUGUACUUGACUCUCGAGGAGCGCAAGGGCUCGAGGGUGGCUGUCAACCACGGCCAGGGAGGCAUAGCCCUUAGCGGAUACUAUGUUGGUCCCAUCAAAUUCGAGCGGCCAGGGCCAAUCGCAAAUGACCCUCUGAACAGGGCCGUGCAGCUGCAGUCAGCGGCGCAUUGUCACAUUGACACCAAGAACACCGGAAGGCGCCUUGCGCCUAUGCAGUCACAUCUAUCGUUCAGCGUGGAGAGCUGGGCGAAGUGCGAAGGAGGUCUAGAUACCACUCGCUACGUUCUUAUGACUGGCAGGUACUCCCUUUUGGCUACAAGAGACAACUGCUGGGCCGCAUCAAUUUGCACAGCAGACGGCUCUGAACUCUAUGUUCUUGGGCCAAAGGUCGUGCAUGGAGAGUGGGUACACCUGGUUGUCAUCUACGACGGAGUUAUCGUGCGCAUGUACGUCAACGCCGAACUCGUGGCCCAGAUGGAAGUUCAUGUGGCCGUGGAACGCGUGAGAUCAGAGAAGAAGGCUGAGCAGGACAGGGCCUUGGCAGAUAUACAGGAGGAGGAAAAUCGGGCUCGUGAACGAUGCAAAGUUGUGACAGAGAGGGAGCUUGACGCGUACUGCAAAACUCGCGAAGGAGAGGCCCAGUUAACACGUGCCGCGAAUAAGCUUCGUGAAAAGGCGACUCUCGCGUCGCAAAUGGACCGCGAUGCCGCCAAGAAAGGCGUGGUAAAACUGUCGAAGGCGGACGCAAAGGCACAGGCCCGGCUAGACUUCAAGACCGAGAUGUACAUGCGAAACGUCCAAAAGGUCGCUGAAAAGUAUAAACGUAAGCGUGAUGAUUUCCAAGAUUUAGUUGCACAGGAGCUCGAAGAAAUAUGCGGACGUGCGGAAAAGCCGUUGCGAGUGGGGGCGAUGUGCCGAUGUAAACGAUCGAAGACCGGACGAAAUUUCUUCAGCGGGGAUCUAUGCCACGUGGCCGUGUACCUGUCGGCGUUGCCCGUCGACACGGUUAGAGCCCAUCAUUUCGCCGGCGUUCAAGCGACCGCGACAGAGAGCGACCGUCUCUACAUGCUAGCCGGUGCCAAGUUCCAAGCAGCCCUGGCCUUUGCUCCUGAUGACAUCGAGAUCAUAUCACGCUACGCCCAAAGCGUGAUAAACUACCUUGAGCUGGAGUCAAUGCAGAGCAAAAAUCCACGGCGAAGCCAACGCAUGGUGGAGGAAGCAGUGGAUAUGUUUGUGCGGAUGGAAAAUUGGGAUGGGCUUGCCGUCAUAUUCAGCCGGCUACCUUCAGGUUCUUUCUGCCAAGCCUUCCUUGCCACGGUGGCUUCAGUUCCGGGCUACUUCGCUUCGUCACUACACAUGCCAUUGAAGAAUCUGGCGCACAUGCCGAAAAAGUUUUACCUGGAUAUUGCGGGUGCUGACGAGAUCAUGAUCGAGGUAGCUGCGGCGGUAUACCGUCUAGUGCUCUCAGACCUCAGCCUGGCCGAUAGUUUCGGGCAAGUGGACCUUUCAUGGCUACCUGUGAUCAAGUCAGCUCCCACUGUGGUCGCGACAGUCUUACAGGCGGAAUCAGAUGACGACGAACGAAUUGUCGAUCUCGAGAAGUAUCACUUGGAUUGCUCCAACGUGCAAGAAGCCGACGUGAAGGCACUGAUCAACAACCGCCGGCUCGCGGUAGUUCUGAAUUUGACGGGCUUUGAUGGAAGGAGAGCUGUGGAGGCGAACAUGCUCACGAGCGUCACCGACAUCAACCUUCACGACUGCAACAAGCUCACGGACACCGCAGUGGAUCACAUAAUGAAGCGCGCCUGUCAAAUUCAAACCCUUAAUUUGGCGGGGUGCUGCAACCUCACCGACACGGCUUGCGCAUAUAUUGUUCAAGACCCAGUGUCAGGGUCAAGGAGGGGAGCCUCUCUUACGUCGCUGAAUCUAGGGUAUUGCCUGAACAUCACCGACAAAGGAGUGGCACGUUUGGUGGCGUCUGCUACGAAACUUCUACACAUCAAUCUCGCGGGGUGUGUGCAGCUUACAGAUGAGGGUGUCUUGACGCUUGUGUCGACGUGUACUAGAUUGCAGGAAGUUGUCUUUGCCCAGUGCAAACACCUGACGGACAAAACUCUGUGUUACCUUGCAGACUUUCUGUGGGUGGAAGAGUUGGACAUUUCACACUGCAGCAAGGUAACAGACGAUGGGAUGGAAGUGAUUGCGAUUGAAUUUGCGGGCUUGCGCAGUCUUAACCUCAAACGGUGUAGUCGUCUUACUGAACGCACCCUUGAUGUACUCAGCAUGUACUGUUCGCAUUUGAAGCACGUUGAUCUUCGAGAUUUGUCGAAUUGUGGUGGAAAUGCGGUCGAUAGGCUCAAGCAAGCACGGCCACAGCUGGAAAUCUUGAUCUAGGAGGAUUUGCGUCAAGGAUUUCGACGUA